AUGGAGCAUGUUCGCGUCCUCGCCGACGAUUUGCGCUCGGUCAAUGAGCAUCGCAGGAUGCCGUCAGAUGUCAGCCGUGCUCGGCUCUUCAAAGCCCACUGCCUCUGCCGCCUUCGCGAAACAGUCGAAAGUUCUGCGAUUGACUGCGGAGGCUUCUUGGAGGUGCUCCACCGAGCGGAACGUGGUUUGAUUGCAGAUGCCUCCUGCGGGUUGACGCUUACUCACCAGAUAGAUCAGGCCUUGGAGCGCUUCUGUACUGAUCUUCGGAGGCUUGAGGAAGAUGCUCUUGAGCGGGAUCGCCGAAGGAUGGCUGAUUUGCCCUUCCAGAACAUAGUUGGCGCAAAAGCUUCUCCUCACAGAAAACUGAUCACCGUCCGCAUCCGGACCUUCAGCGGGGCAGAGUUUCAAGUCGGAUGUGGCUUGGACGAGAACCUGAUCUGCCUCAAAGAAUACAUCCAUGCAAGCGGUGGCCCACGAGCGCGAGACCAGCAACUGGUGUGGUCGCGUGGCGAACUUGCAUGGAUUCAAAGCUUGGAAACGCGAGCAAGUGAUUCCUUCUCCUUGUUCUACCUGGGUAUCACGGCGCUUGCCGAUGCGUGGAAUGUCACGGUCGUGGAUCGCGUAGCGCCUGCAGCGCCUGUGGACAAGUUCGCCCAAGCUGCCUGCAGUGUGCGGGGUGCGUCUGUCCGAACUGUCACGGGCAAGCGAGCUUGUGCGGCGGGAUGUGCAAAGUGUGCGGAGAAUCGAGUGUUGCAUGUGAUUCGUAGCGUUGGUCUCAUGCUGUACUCGCUCGCAACUCCCAAUGGCUGGAAAGUGGGCAUUCUUCUAGAGGAGCUCGGCGUGAGCUACGAUGCCCACGUGGUCAACAUAGGAGCUGGACAGCAGUUCAGCUCUGGCUUUGUGGGUGCCAACCCCAAUUCCAAGAUUCCAGCUUUGAUAGAUCACAGCGGCCCAGAUGGCAAAGCCAUAGCUGUUAUGGAGGCUGCUGCGAUCAUGAUCUACCUAGUCGAGAAGCAGGGAUCCGACUUCUACCCAAAGGAUGCGAGGCUUCGCUGCGAGUGCUUGCAGUGGUUGUUCUGGCAAACUGGUGGACAGGGGCCAAUGACUGGGAAUUUCGGUCACUUCAAAGUCUAUGCACCGCCCAGUGAGGUGGAUGCUCGCAACUACGGUGUUGCCAGAUACGGCAUGGAGGUUCAGAGAAUUUGCUCUGUUCUGGACCGGCACCUUGCAGGCUACGGAGAUUUCACCGGCAACCCGGGUCUGCGAUGCCAAGGCCCCCGGCAGUACCUCGUUGGUGACAGCUAUAGCAUCUCCGACAUGGCCGAGAGCCAAGGAACACGCGAAACACUGACGAACUCUUGCUGCGCGAGUGCCAGUGUGGAGCUUUGCCUUGUCAAGUCCAAGAAAGGAUCGCAUCUGUGGAUUUUGAGCUGGAAAUAUCGACAAGCCGUUCCUGUCACACUGCCACACGAAGCAGGACCGAAUAGCGGAGAGACCAGCGGUGCAGCGUGGCAUCCGAGUUUGUGCCGGUUCGCCGAAGCCAUGGACGAAGGUCUGUCGUGGGAAAUGAGCGGCUCCAAAAUUGUUACUGUGCCAGUCUGUGCUUUUACCGAGGACAUAGAUGACAAUGACGACAUCGACUUCGCAGCGUUGACCGAAGUUGCCCAACACCAAGCUGCCACGUUGACAGGCGACGGCGAUGAUCGGAAGAAGAGGAGAGCUGGGGCCAGGGAGUCUGCAAAGCGGCGCAAGAGGCAAAAGCGUGAGAACGAUCUCAUAUGCGUCAAGCAAGCUGGCAUUGCACUUCCCUCCCUGAAAGAUGUCUUGAAGGGGUCCAGCAAGCCGGCGAUUGUCAUCCCGUCACUGAAGGAGGCUCUGCGAACAGCAGGAGCCGCCCAGGCGACUGAGGCGACUGUGGCUGAAGGCGCUGAGCCUGCAAAGGCACAUGACAAGGACAUGCAGGAGCAGAGCGCGCCUACCAGCCAACCCUCUGAGCUUCCUCCAACGACAGAUGGAGGUGAGACAGAGAAGUCUCUGGCGCAGAGGAGUGCAGUUUCCUACGAGGACGUCGAUGAGCAGCCGGUUCCUGCUGAACCCACGGCUGCCAGCUCGGAUGUUGUGGACCAGAGCAGGCUCCAGGUCGCAAUCUCCCGGGUCGCCAAAGACUCGGAGAGGCGGGCCCGAGUCGCCAAGGCAACAAACUCGCGAUCGGUGUUCAUCACCAACCUGCCAUUCAAGGCACAGGAGGAGGAGAUUCGGAGCUGGCUGGAAAAAGCCGGUGAGAUCAAGGGUCUCCGGCUCAACCGGGACAAGGUCACCACGAAAGCGCUGGGCUUUGGACACGUGCAGUUCGAGUCCUCACAGGUUGCAGACGCUGCUGUCGAACAGUGUGACAAAGUGGAGCUGCAUGGACGCGUGAUGCGAGUCGCGCCGGUGGAUCCCAACACAAAGUUUCAGUUUGAGCUCCCGGAGAACAUCAAGGAGGACCUUCUGGGCCUAAUGCGCGAGGCAUACGAAGGCAAGAACAUCAGCACCAUCAAGGAUGCCUGGCAAAAGCGACAUCCAGGGCAAAAGCUGGACACCGCCAAGUGGGGUUUCAAGAACUUUUCGUCUUCCCUGAAGACCUUGGAAGGCGUCACGCUGGAGCACCACUUGGAAAAGACUCUGACGUACUUGGCUUUCUUCGAAGGCUCUCCUGCGCACAAGGCCUACCUCGAGGAGAGAUCCAAGAGACAAGCAGAGGGCAAAGUGGCCGAAAAUCCUGGCGAGGCAAAGCGAGCAGCUGCCGAGGCUGAUGUGCUGAAGCCCGACAAAAAGCCGAAGGUUGAGAAUGGCUCCAGCCACCUGAAGGAAGGGCCGGGGCUUUGUUUCCUCUUCUCCGAAGGACGCGCGGAUGACUCGAGGAGCCCCGGACCCGUGGAGAUCUUCGAGGAAAACAUCCGCGCAAGGGCUUCGAGAAAGGCAACGGCCAAGAAGUUCCGGAGCCCACCAGCUUUGGAGGCUUGGCUGGAUGCCACCUUGGAAACCCAGAAGCUCAGCACGAAAGCUGCUUGUCCAGAGCGGCUCAAGGUCCACCGAGAGGCUCUGGCCUGGCUGUGUGACCUCCUCCCGACGUAUGGCACGGUCCUCUCCAGAGUGCUGGACGAGGUCGACGGAGCUUUGCACAGGCUGGAGACAUGGCAGGGGGAGCUUCAGAAGAUGCAUGGCCUGAACCGCACGCUCCAGAGUCAGUUGCGAUCCCUUCGGGUCCUGCACAAGCUGCAGGUCGAGGAAGCCUGGUCUGUGACCAAGAGGAGCAGCGAAGCUGAGACCCAGCCUGUAGCUGCACCAAUGGCUGACAGCCAGAAGCUGGACAAGGAUGCUCAAGCCGAAGUCACCAAGCGCAGACAUGCGGAACGCAAGUCGCACAAGCUCCAAUCCGAGCUUCAGAGCGUCAGGCACCAGCUGCAGGAGUUGGAAAUCAAGGAGGCUGACAAAGUUGCAGCCAAAGAUGAAAUGAACAGGCUUAUUGAGCAGAGGGAGCAGAUCUCUCGCAAGAAUGAUGCGCAGUGGACCGAGACAGCCAAUUCUGGGUUGCAUAAAGAGCGCUCGCAGCUGCAGUCGGACCUACGCAAGUGCGAGCCACAAAGGUCCCAGCAAGAGAAUGACCAGCUGAAGCAGCAGCUGAACUCGCCGAGUGCUUGGUACAAGUGCCCCGUGAAGUCUGAAGAGUGCAGGCAACUGCAGACUACGCAGAUUGCAGGGCAGGGCUGGGAGCGUGGAUCGGGGUGGAGGCCUACGGCGAGCAGCCUGUGCUUGGCUCAGCCCGGCAUUAUUUUAUCAAUUGACUUUAUUGCCGCCGAUGCCGAGGGAGGGGAGCUGGCCCGGACUCCCUCCGUCAAGGCCAGCACUUUUUCUGAGAUCAGCACGACACUAGCGAUUCAGGAGACAGACUACGUCCCCGACAGGCCCGACGGCAUGGCAUUUCAAGCAACUGCGACCAUGCGAGGGAGGCAGAAGUGGACACUCAGCAUCGACGAGUGGGACCGAGUGCUUACUUUCUGCCAAGAGCAGGAAGCGUAUCAGGUUUUCAAGAGCCACGGCAAGAAGUACGUGAACAUGUAUGACCUGAACCAGGAGUAUGUGAAACCAUGGACGCGAGGCGAGGGCUGCGGCGUUGCAGUCAUGAUGAGCCAGCACCGUGAGGAUUCUGCGCAACUCAUGUUGUCACACGCUUGGGCGGAAGAUGUCGAGGAGUGCCAAUCCGCGGUCAUGGAGCAUGUCCGUGAAGCCCAACUGCCUAGAGACGCGGCGGUGUGGUUUUGCUUAUUCGCCAACUACCAGGUCGGUGAUGACAGCGGCCCCAGCAUUGAAGCUCAGCUCAGCUUGAAGCCCUUUGCCAGUGUCAUCUCGGCUGCUAGCCUGAGACGAGGGACAGGCUAUGGCCUGCACGCAAUACAUACCUCGACAGCUGAUCUCUAUCAGCGGCUGUGGUGUGUACAUGAAGUCGAGCGUGCAUUGAAGGGUGACAUAGAUGUGAGCACGAGCAUGUCGGACAAGUACAAGGAGCAGACUUUACAGAGACUGCAGUUUUUUCUGAGCGAGUCCUGCGGCACAAGUACUUGGGAAGACUGCAUGUGGGCGGCGAACGUCAAGGUGAAGACGAUCCAAGCUAGGUGUGACCGGAUGGAAGAUGAGCAGAUGCUCAUUGCAGAGAUCAUGGCCACCGGUGGCUUCGAGCGCAUCGAUGCCACUAUCGAGAGGUUUAGAGCAGAAACCUUUGGCCAGAACUACGAACUAAUGCUGAAGGCCGUGGGUCGGCAUGGCCAGGCGCUCAAGUUCGCCAGCUUCGAGCGUCUGGAAAGAAAGCUGAUUCACAACUUAGUCCGAAGCUCUGGAGCCUCUUUAGCCCAUGCCCCUGUGGACCUCAAGGCGGACAAGGAUCUGGUCAUCGAGGCCGUGAGGCAGAACGGCAUGGCCUUGCAGUACGCUGCAGAGGAGAUGCGCGUGGACCGUGAAGUCGUGCUGAACGCGGUGCAAUCGGACGGCUUGGCGCUCCAAUUUGCCUCAGGCCCGGCCUUGAUGGAUCACGCCGUGGUGCUGGCGGCUGUGGCCCAAGAUGGCGAAGCCUUUCGUCUCGCACCCGACAGCAUGAAGAAGAACCGCGAGAUCAUGGAGAAGGCUGUGUCUACCAGUCCCAAGGCAUUGGCCUAUGUUCCGUCGGAGCUGCAGAAGGACGCCCUGGAAGUGGUCAAAAGCUCACCGGAGGUUACAGCGGGCCCGGAUGCCACACGUGAACUGGUGAAAUGCUUCGUGUGGAAGGCUGUUCUUCAGCUGGAGAGACUCGACUUUCGCAUGAGCGCAGAAUGCGCCACUCAGGAGCAAGAAGUCGAGAGAAUGGAAGAAAUGGCGGUGACUCGCAGGCACGCGAAGGAGUCUGAGAAGGAGCAAGAGAGAUUGCAGAAAUGGCUUGACCUCAUGAAGAGUGUUCGACCUCAAGUAAGAACAGAGAAGCCGAAACGUGCACUGCGGCUAAUGCUGCUGGGUUUGGACAGCCUGUUCCAGAACACGCAGGAUCCAUCCGUGAUUUCGCGGGCUCGCCAGGCUAUCGAAAAGCAAUUCGAUACCACCACCGACGAGGACAAGAUGGAUUAUGUGGAUGUCCUCCUUGACAACAGCAUUGCCAUGCACGCCACGCUGAAGAACUCUCUCUUCAAGUGCCUUGUCGAGUACAAGUUGAAGCUUGCCGACAAGGCUGGUGCUACUCUAGAUCCCAAAACGUCUUCCAGUCCCGUGAGGAGGUACAGCAUGCACGUGCCGAAGUUGGAGCCCACACCUUCCAUGGAGUCUGAGCGCUCUGAACGCCACAGCGGCCGGGCAGUCACCGCGGCGACGAAGAUUCAAGUCGAUCAGCUGGCCGUGGCCCCUUGA